AUGGCCUCCCUCCGCACCACGUCGCGACUGUUCGCUGCGCGGCCGAUGUUCCGGCCUGCGACCUUUGCCCGCUCCUACGCGACCGUCGACACCAAUUCCUCCGAGCAGCCCAAGAUGAAGACCUUCAAGAUCUACCGCUGGAACCCGGACCAGCCGAGCGAGAAGCCCCAGAUGCAAAGCUACGAUCUCGACCUGAACAAGACCGGUCCCAUGAUGCUGGACGCUCUCAUCCGCAUAAAGAACGAGCUCGACCCCACCCUGACCUUCCGACGAAGCUGCCGAGAGGGAAUCUGUGGUAGCUGCGCAAUGAACAUUGACGGUGUCAACACACUGGCCUGCCUGUGCCGCAUCCCGACGGAAACCUCGCAAGAGUCUCGCAUCUACCCGUUGCCGCACACCUACGUCGUCAAGGAUCUGGUCCCGGAUCUGACCCACUUCUACAAGCAAUACAAGUCGAUCAAGCCAUAUCUGCAGCGCGACACCCCCAGCCCAGAUGGACUCGAGUACCGCCAAUCCCCCGAAGACCGCAAGAAGCUCGACGGUCUGUACGAAUGCAUCCUGUGCGCCUGCUGCUCAACCUCGUGCCCAUCGUACUGGUGGAACAGCGAGGAAUACCUGGGCCCCGCCAUCCUGCUCCAGUCCUACCGCUGGCUGGCCGACUCGCGUGACGAGAAGACCGCCGAGCGUAAGCAGGCUCUCGACAACAGCAUGAGCGUCUACCGCUGCCACACCAUCCUGAACUGCACACGAACGUGCCCCAAGGGUCUGAACCCCGGCCGCGCCAUCGCCGAGGUCAAGAAGAUGCUGGCUACCUAG